AUGAAAUUAAAUGUUGCUCUUAUACUUGUAGUAAAAUACAUAGUCGCAGAUAACUCUCAAGAGACAUGUGAAAAUGAGAAGAAAAAAAUGGAAAAAUCCUCAUUUUUUGGUUUUUUUAGCAAAGGUGAUUCAAAGGAUUCAAAUAAAUUAUCUUCAGAAACAACAUCAACCUGUAAUCUUACAAAAGAAGAUGCAGUGAUGUCUGUUUCAGAAAACCCUAAAACAGAAAUGCCUAUGACUUCAUUACAAGAAGAAUCUGAAAGUGAAAGUAAGCAAGAGUUAUUUGGAAGUAGCAAGCCAGUAAGUUCAAGUGAACUUUGCGGUGGUUCAGAACCAGAGUCAAAAUCUGAAACUUCAAGUAAAUUAUUUGGUAGUUCGGAGUCAAAGCCAGUAACCACAAAUAAACUUUGCGGUGGUUCAGAACCAGAGUCAAAACCUGAAACUUCAAGUAAAUUAUUUGGUGGUUCGGAGUCAAAUCCUACAACAUCAAGUAAACUUUGUGGUGGUUCGGAGCCAGAGUCAAAACCUAUGAGUGAAUCAAAACCUGAAACUUCAAGUAAAUUAUUUGGAGGUUCAGAUUCUAAAUCAAAACCUAAAUCAUCGAGUGAUCUCUGCGGGGGUUCGGAGCCAGAAUCAAAACCUAUGACUGAAUCCAAUCCUGAAACUUCGAGUAAAUUAUUUGGCGGUUCAGAUUCUAAAUCAAAACCUAAAUCAUCGAGUGAUCUCUGCGGGGGUUCGGAGCCAGAAUCAAAACCUGUAAGUGAAUCAAAACCUGAAACUUCAAGUAAAUUAUUUGGAGGUUCAGAUUCUAAAUCGAAAUCUAAAUCAUCGAGUGAUCUCUGCGGGGGUUCGAAGCCAGAAUCAAAACCUGUAAGUGAAUCUAAUCCGGUAACAUCAAGUAAAUUGUGUGGCGGUUCAGAACCCGAGCCAACACCAGAAGGUAAGUCUACUACUUUGUUUGGAAGUUCCACCACUGCUAAACCAUCAGAUAGGCCAUCCGAAAAAGAACAGUCAUUAGAAGAAAAAGAUAAAUCGUUAUUAUUCGAAAAGUCAAAUGCGAAACUUACGAGUGAUGCAGAAGAGGAGCUUACCGAGAAAUCUGCUGAAAGUUCUGAAGAAGAUAUUGCGGAAGAAAAAGGUUUAUUCUUGUGGGGAAAUAAAACUGAGACAGAAAACAAGAAAAAAAAUCCUGUCUAG